CAGCGCGGCAUUGCGCCUGUAUCCGCACCUUGAAGCUUCCCCACUACCCCGCGGGCAGUUUUCUUGACGAAAGCGGCUCGGAAAUCUCGGAAUUGUUUCCGAGUGCAAGUCUUGGUGUCUGAUUGACUGAAUCGUUGGGGCGCCAGAUGCCACAUAAUACCCCCAGCUCGGAAGCCAACCCCUUGGGGAAAGCUCUGAAUUCCGGCGUAAUCAUUCUGAGGACGCUACGCACGACCAACGAUGGAGCACAGUCCCUCGUCUCUCAGCUCGCAAUCUGCUCCGCGGCAUGAUUCUCAAGUCGGCAGCCCGCUUCAUCGUCGCUCCAAGCGCGGGAGGUACACGCCGGUGGCAUGCAAUGAGUGCAAGAAGCGGAAGCUCAAGUGCAUUCCAACUGACGAUGACAAGUGUCAGCGAUGCAUCGCAGGGGGCGUCAUCUGCGUGUUCGGGUCGCGGCCGCCACCGCGUGCCACCAAGACAGCUCGGCUGGCCAACAUGAAGAUGCAUGUUCUUGCAGACGCGUCGAGCCAUCAUCACGUUCGUGCCCUGACCGAUGAGAUGGCACAACUGCGACAGCAAGUCGUGGACCUGGCCGAGUCUGUCAGAGAGCUCAGGGAGAACGCGGAUGGGACAUCACGGCCGCAGAACACGUCCUGCGUUGCGGCGGCCUUUGCCAACUCCCCGUCCAAUGUUGCUUCCAUGUCGCGAGACAACGCACCCAAGCAUCCGCACUUCAUCGGCCCUACACGCCCGGCGUACGGGCUCGUUGUAGCGGAGCGCUCGCUCACGCGCAUGGGCAUCCAAGCUCUUGAUUCCGCCAAGUCUACGUCCUUGUCCUCAAGCCGAGCCGAUUCCCCUCUCGCGGGCGACGCGAUGGAAGACGAGGAGCCUUCCACUACAGACGCCGAGUUCUGGGCCAGCUGUACGCCUGACGAGGUCGCACGCCUGCUGGCCGUCUUUGAAGAGGAAGUCGAGUCCGUGUACCCCUUCGUUGACACCAUUGAGCUGGCCUCGCGGGCUGAGCAGAUCUUGAACCGUAUCCGCCACUCGGACGCCUUGGACAAUCAGCCGCAUGAUAGGCAACAAGCUCCGCUCAGUAACCUGGAUGUCGACAUGGCCAAGCUGGCCGUGGCCACGACUGUGGCCAUUGAGGCGCAUGGCAAGACAGCACUGAGCGCGUCCAUCGCCGGGUCUGUGGAGGACCGUCUGUCGCGCAUCUCAAGGGGCCAGGUGGAACUGAAAGGGAUACAGCUCUUGACCAUGCUGAGCAUUUACUACUUCCACUGUGAUGACGAGCUCCUUGCCUGGCGCACCAUCGGCGUCGCUGCUCGCGAGGCUCUCGAGAUGGGCCUGCAUCGUCGCCGCAGCCUGUUUGACAAUUUCCGCGACGCCCACUCGCGCCGGGACGCCAUGCGCGUGUUCUGGUGUGUAUACGUGCUCGAUCGUCGCUGGAGCUUUGGGACGAGCUUGUCCUUUGCGCUCUCUGAUCGUGAUAUCGAUCCCGCGUUACCGGAGCCUGACGCAGACUUAGCCUACCUCCGAUGCAUGAUAAGCUAUGCGCGCUUGUGCUCCAAGAUAUGGGACGCCAUUCCACCGUUCGGUUCUCCCUCGCCGGCCAUUCCCACCGAAGACGUCCACGCGCUCGACCUCAGCACGCAAGUCUGGCUAGACUCGAUCCCGUCACACCUUCAGAUACGGCAUCCGCGGAUGCUCAGCGCGGCUAGCGGCAACAACAUGUCUCAACCGCGCGUGCUGCACCGCCUCCGCGCUCUGCUCUACCUCCGCGGCAACUACACCCGCAUCGCCAUAUAUCAGCACUACCUGUUGAGCUCCGCGAGCAUACAAGCCAAUCUUCCCUCUGCGCGGCUCGUCGUGGAAAUCGCACGGGACACCGUGCAGGUCCUCGUUCAUCUCAACGCCACAACCGACGUUUACUCGCGCCAGCAAAAUGCCUUCAACUACUUCUUGCUGAGCGCCUUUGCCGUACUCACCUUGGCAGUGUGUCACGCGCCGCACCAUUUCGCAAAGACAUGCCGAGAAAGCCUCGUACAGGCGAUUGAACUGGUCAAGGGAUUUUCUCGCCAUAGCGUAGCGAGCAGGAGAUUGUGGAACAGCAUUCGAGAGCUGUUGCCGCGGUUAAAAAGCCUCCAAAUGCAAAGCUCGGAGGGCGGCCCGCACGUGGAUUCCAUGGCCCAUGUUGCUGCUGGUGAUGUUGGUGUGGAAACAGAGACGCGGCGGGAAAACAGAACCGACAUGGACGCCCCGAUGGACUUGGGACCACAGUUCCACGUCGACGGCGGAAUGCAACUUUCCAUGAUCCCCGAGGUGACGGAAUUUAGUUCAGAUCUCUUGGACCUAUUUGACACUCUGGGACAAGGACAGAGCUUCGGAAAUGCGUUUGAAACCGACUUUGGCGACCCAUUGGCACACGGAGGGUUGGAGCUGCAGUCGGACGAGCUGGGAAUCUCCCGCCGCUUUCUUCAAGGCCUAAUGUGAUGAAUAGAAAGCACACUCUCUAAGACUCGCGAGUUUGGGAUAGCGAUUGACCUGCCUAUGGUGGCCCUUGUGAUCUGACG